AUGAGGCUGAAGGAAGACAAGCCGCAGAGUCCGCAAGAGAUUGAGUCUGCUAAGCAAGAGCAAUUAAAGACGGGCAAGCGCAAGGAGGAGCUCGAGUCUGCAAGCGAGUCGGUCGUGGGCGCGGACAGGCAGGAAGUCGGGAAUCACGACGACCACAUCAAAGAGCUGCAGCAAGAAGGUGCAAAGGAGAAGCAGAAGGAGCAUCCGGAGGGCAAGUCUGUCCACAAGCCUCUCCAAUCGACUGCUUCUUCUAGCGGCGCUGGAUCUGUGUUGCUGUACUUGCCUCGCAAGCCGUCGGUGGAAGACAACGCAGAGGAUGCCUCCAACAUAUCGAUUCUGCAAUCAACCCCGAAUGCACAUAUCGUCAAGAUCAACUAUCGUGCCAGCGACAAGGCUCAGUUCCCUACUCCCAUCCACGAUGUACUGGCAGGCCACGACUGGGUCGUCUCGAAUCUCCUGGUCAAGCGAGCAAUCACCCGGCCUGGUCGUUCCGAACACGUUGGCAAAAUCGCUGUGUGCGGUGAGCUGCUAGGAGGCGGUCUAGCCACGACAUUGGCUCUCACUGAGUGUAGGAUUGGAGAAUCCGGCAUCAUAGCUGCAGCAGUCAACAAUCCCAUCACAGACUGGGUCGAGCUGGGUGGUAAUGACAGCGAUGCAAGCACCGCAGACCAGCAGCUGGAAUUGCAAGACCUGCUGAAGCAGCGUGGUGCUCUCUUUCGCAAGCCAGAGCAUUACUACGACCCAUUCGCAUCUCCGAUUUUGUUCUUCCGCUCAGCAGGCCUUGAUGUGCCUGGGCAUAUCGAAGGGAAACCAAUGGACGACAUGGAUGAGCUAUCACGGUUGGAGCGCAUGGAGUACCUCCAUGAGCAUGGUAUCUUUGCAGAUCUGGUCAAAUCAGAAAGCUUGGAGGAUGCUUUGGUCACCGUAACGAGGAGAAAAGCCACGCGAAGGUACCCAAGCAAGACACUAGGUCUUCGACUACCCCCGUUUCGCGUCUCGGGCGGCAAAGGGUCAGUGCUCUCGACAUCUACCAUGGAAAUGGUGAUGCAGCUCCGGAAGAGCUACGAGAGACAGAUUGACGCAGGUGUGUUGCGCAAUGUGUCUGCUGUAGCGGGAACAAUGUCUGUAGAUGCAAUGCUUCAACAUGAGCAGCACUCUGGUCUUGGCUCAUGGGACGCUACGAAAUGUGGUCGAGCGAGGAUGCAGCAAGCGGCCCAAUGGCUUGCGCAGAAGCUGUCGCUGUAG